UAGAGCCGGGUACCUGUUAGCUAAUAAACCAUUGUUAUUGCCAAAAGACCCUAGGUAUAAAAGCUGCUAACCCACGUAUUACUUCACAAUGGCCAAGACAACAGACCAGACUGCACCAGCAACCGAAAUCAAGGCUGAUGCUUUCUCCCUUGAGGACUCUGAUUCCGAAGGCGAAGAAGCUUCCAAGCCUACAAUCGCCAAGUCUGUUGCUACAGUUGUCGAACCUACUUCUGAAGUGGUGGAAAUCCUGUUGGAUGAAGACACUGUGGAAGAUGCCGUCAAGGAGGCCGCUACUGAGAAGAAGGAUGUGGCUACUGAGCCUGAGGCCAGCACGUCUGCUGAAACCAACGCUGAUACUGUUACUCCUGGUAUUGAAGCCACUACUGAUACCGCGAAUGCCGCAGACGAUGCUCCGCCGUUGCCCCAACGCCGGUUGUCCACCACGGACCAAUCCAAACAGACCCUCCAGGAAGCGUUUCCUAACGUGGAAGAAAAGUACAUUACCGCCGUGUUAAUUGCGUCCCAAGGCAUCCUUGACCCAGCUUUUAACGCUUUGCUCUACUUAUCCGAUCCGUCCUUUAUUGCCGAAAUUCCGUCCCCUCACACUGAGCCAGCGGGGUUCACUCCUGCUUUACCCUCCAGACCGGCGCAAGUCAGUAUCCCAGGGUUGAGUUCCUCUCAGUUAGAGGAAGACGAAGCACUCGCUAGAAGACUUGCGCGGGAGUUUGAGCAGCAAGACCGUACCAGAAGAAGGUCUCACCAACGCCCUGACGGCCCUCCACCUCGGUCGGAAAGACCACCACCCUCACAGCGGCCACUUCCUCCUCGCCCGCAGGGCACGGACGACGAGGACACGUUUGACAAGUUCUUCGACGAAGACCUUCCGCAGUUCCAGAAAUCCUUUGUCAAGGGUGUGGAGGAGACAAGAACAAAGCUCAACUCGUGGGUCACCGGCAUUGCCUCCAAGUUCAGCCAGGAAGAAGAAUCCUCCCCUGGUUUAUUCGGUGCGUUGGGUGGUAACGUCAAUGCCAGUAGAAACGAUACCGACUUUGAGAACACGGAAGCGGAACGCCUUCGCCAGCAGCGCCAAUUCCAGCGUCAGAAGGAACGCGAACUGUCGAGACAGAACUACGGGGCUGGGAUUGCGUUGAACGACUACUCCGACGACCCUCCUGUAGUGCCCUCCAAGACGAGAAACUCUAACGGGAAGUCCGUGAGCUUCAGUGGCGAGAGCACAACCAUUGAACCUGGCGCCCGUGCCGAGAAGGAGGUUAAGGCUGAUCGGGAAAAGGACUCUAAGUGGGAGCUGUUGGCCACCGUGGUGCCGGAACCGGCCAGAGAUGAUGCGUUUAUCGUCACUGACAGCGAUGAGGAGGACGUUCCAACCACCUCUGAGAGCAAGAAGUAAGAUUGCCUAGUUGUAUUUGUUUGAAACUUUGGUAUUCAGAAGGUGUUAUUUCUAUUGUACGUCCGGUGAUAAACCAGCCUCCCUUGAGCUAUUUUUGGGUAUGUUUGUAUUUUAUAGUAAACGCAGUGUCUGUUUGGUUAACUAGUCUACGCUUCACCAAUUGUUAGUGUUAAUAUACCUAUACCUCUGUUUCUUCUAUUUGAGACGGCCCCUUGAAAAGCUUCGUCCACAGCAGUUAUAUAUUCCAUGCUUAGCUACUAUACUUUGAAAUUUGGUUUAUCUGUGUUUAGUUUUCCAUAUAA